UUAAUUUAUUGAAGGCCUGCCUGAUAAGCAUCAAGGGAUCUAACCCGUCAGCAGAUUUCGUUGAGUUUGCCACUUCAGGUUGUUGAACGGGAACUUGAACGAUUUUUCGGAUUUCAAUUUCGAUUUUACGGAUGGUACUCUGUAGUUCUGAUGUGGGUUGCACCGGUCAGGUUGUUGAGUUCUUAAAACAACUUCGAUUUAAACUGAAUGGUAACAUGACGAGUCACUUUUGAUCGCUGACAAUUAUUGUAGUGACGCGUCCAAUUGCUGCAAUCGGUUUUGACAGAUUGGCAAACAUGCUUCUGCGUUACCAGCUUAAUGGUGGCAUUUGUUCUUGCGUGGGAUAAGUAGUGCAAGCUGCUGAAAACAGUUUUUCGGAAUGGCUGACCCCCCAACCUGGAAUUGCUGUAAUCGAAACCCUGUCUUUCCUUGCACCAUUUUGAGCCCUUCGUCCGCGGACAGAGACGCUGCAAUCAUUGCGUAAUCGAUAAUUGAUUGCAACUCCUCAAUGCGGGAUAAUGCGUUGGCGACAAAGUUGCCGUAACCGGAUACGUGUUGUAUGUCGAUGAUAAACUGUCCAAUACAAUUUAGAUGGCGAAAUUGACGUGGUGAGCACUUUUUCCUUUUGUGGAAGGCGAAGGUUAGCGGGUUGUGAUCCGUAAAGAUGGGGAACUCCGUUGCUUCAACCAUAUGAUGAAAAUGUUGUAUCGUUAGCUACAUAGCCAGUAGUUCCUGGUCGGACGCUCCGUAUUUACGUUCCGCUAGACCGAGCUUUCUUGAAAAGAAGGCUAAUGGUUGCCAGCAACAAUUAAUCCGCUGUUGGAGGACUGCUCCAAUCGCUCAAAGGUGGAUCAGAUUUUGGAUGUGGAAGCAGCGUCGCCUGUUUCAGUGCGGUUUUGGAAGCUUGAAAAGCUGCGGUAGAUUCGCUGGUCCAAUUGAUUGGUGAAUUUCCUUUAAUUUUGCCGUGAAGAGUCUCGCUGCGUGGUGCUUGUACUGCUGCUGCUCUGGGUAUGAACCUUCUGUAAAAAGUCAACACACCCAAGGAUGCUCUAAAUUGCUUCACGCUGGUUGGUUCUGGGUAUAAUUGGAUCGAUUUGACUUUGAUUGAUAUGUUGCUUCUGCAAAAAGCCCAGUGCCAAUUUGGCAUGCUGUGCUCCAAAAUGCUCUCGUGUCUUUCAUCUAUACUGCGGCCUAGAGAAUGAUGCUAUCUGCCACUUCAAGGAUGAUUACAGAACCAUUUGCGGCAAACAUCAUCAUCAGGAAAGGAAAAAGUGUACGAAAAACGACGAAUGCGUCAUUUGCUGCGAAAGUAUGGGCGCAUAUCAUCGGGUUCUUAGUAUACUGGCGCCUUGCUGCCGAUCGGGUUGGUUUCAUAAGUGGUGUAUCGCUAAGUUUGCACUAAAUGCCGGAUAUUUUUUCAAAUGCCCGCUUUGUAACAACCGAGACGUUUUUCGCGCACGUUUAGUUCACAAGGGGAUCUUUGUUCCAGAUCGAGAUGCUACUUGGGAACUGGAGCCUAAUGCAUUUUCUGAGCUCCUGGUUCGCCCGGAUUCAUGCUCGGCAGAAAAUUGUAAGUGUCCCCGCGGUCGUUCUUAUCGUUGCUAUCCAUACGUGCUUCUUACUUGCAAUACCUGUGGGUCAAAGGCAGCCCACACGCUAUGUAUGCCUGAGGCUGUUGAAACUUAUACUUGCGACGGGUGCUCCACGAUUAUAUCCAAUAACCAGCCGGAGUCUCAAAACCGUAGUAUUGCUGACGUACCAAAUAUUGAAGACAAUGAUAAUAACAACGAGGCCGAAAAUGAAAACGUCGACGUAGAAAAUCUUGAUGAAGAAGAUCAAGACGGGAAUGAAUCCGUUGAUUCUUUAUUGCUAGCAUAUGUGAGGCGAAAAGAUGUGUCAAGUAAUGGAGGAAGAGAGAGUGCAGGAUCAACAGACGUAUCCGGCGACUCAGUGCUGUUUGAGGAGAGCAAAGAAGAAAAGAAGAAUUUCAAAGAUGACAUAUCCGAAGAAGACAUCAAUUUAAUAUACAAAUCCGUUCGAAAGCGUAAGACUAGCCUAAUUGACAGCAGCUCUGGUGACUUAAGUUUCUUUUCAAAGCGAGCCAAAGGAAGCUCUGCUUCAAUAGAUUCCUUGUUUUUCGAUGAAAUAAACAGAUCGUUUCAUGACACCGAUAAUGGUUGUGCUAAAGCCAAAUCAGAUUCGCCAACCAUUUGUUCGGACGAAGUGCUAUUCAAAUCAAAAGCACUACACCCUGUUACGCCAACGACUGAGCUAUUAGCAGACUCGAAAUGUAUAGCAUCGGCGAAAACAUUAAGCUUAAAGAAAAAGAAGAGUGGAGGAGAUUUGACAUUAGAAGUAUUCCAGACUUUCGGGAAUGGACAGGCUCCUGUUGAUUCCGAGGAAAAAGUAUCGAGUUUUCAAUGCGUGGACAGUGAAGCAUCGCCAAAUGAAAAGGAAGACAGCAUUAUUGUACUAUCGGAUUCGUCCUCAGAUGUACCCGCGCAAUCAUCAGAUUUAUCAUACUCGCCGUCGCCAGACACAGAUCAAUCGACGAGCACUCCGAGCUCUACUAGUACACAAUCAGUUUCAUCUGAGUCAUUUUCAACUUAUUCAAGUAAUUCCCACCGCCAUGUGUCUCGUAUUGCUCCACUGAGUGGCUCAUCUAAUGCAAGAGUGACGCGAUUACGAAAUCGAGCCAAGUCAAUGUAUGCGGAUUGUCCUGAUAAAGGUGUUCAGGUUUACCGUCGAAGUACGCGUCUUAGAUCGAAAUCUAAUUCAAAUGUACGCAGAAGUCUUCGACUUCGCGCAAAGUCCACAGAUAAAAUUUACAAAGAUGAUUUGAUAUACAUCACAGAGUUGGAAGAUAAUGAAAUCAAAAGAAAGCCAUUUUGUAGCGAGAAAGAUAUUUUACACCUUUUUGUUGAACGUGUUAAUUGUGAUAAUAGCCUGGAACGGAGUAAAUUUAAUGGGGAGUUGAUUUUUAACUGAUUUUAUACAUUUUUAUUGCAAAUAUUGAGAGAUGAACGUUUUAAAUAUAGAAAGUAUUAAGUAUUAUCGA